AUUAGAAUAAGAAUUGUCAUAUAAUAUUUACUGUGAUUCGCAACAACCUGAUGAACUUUGAAUACUGAAAAUCUGCUGUGUUUCAUUUCUAGGAUAUUUAUGCAGCUGACAAUCACGGAUAUAUAUUAUUUUUUGAUAAUAUCGCAUUUGAAUUUAUUAAGACACUAUUUUUCUUUUUAUAAUAUUAAUCAAUAAUUUAAUUCUGAAUUUGAGUAUCUUUUAUUUUUUCAUAUUAUAAAAAUGUUUUGUUUAUCUGAAAAUUAAAAAUUUUAAUUCUUAUCUGAUAACUGUGACCUAUCAGGUGCAAAGAAACAAUGUGGCAAGGCAAUAGAGAUCGGCGCUUAGUUCAAUGUUUAUUUUGCUCAAAACAUAGUUAACGAUCAUCUGAGAUACUUAUUUUUAAACGGACAUUUUUUAAAAACAAAUUAUGAUGAAUAUUUGAAUGCCUAAUACUAUAAUCAGUGUUUUAACAAAAGGAAUUUAUGAUCUUUCUGUCUUCCAAGUUUUUCAGUAGUUGAAAAUUAUAUUUAUUUUGGAACUAAAUUUAAAUUAAUAAUGCCUAAGCCUGGAUUUUAUGCAGUACGUGUUGGUAGAAAACCUGGUAUUUAUAUGUCAUGGGCUGAAUGUGAGGCUCAAGUAAAAGGUUUUCCUAAAGCAUCUUAUAAAAAAUUCGCUGACCUCGGUUCUGCGGAAAAUUUUGCUGGAAUAAAGCAUUCUGAACCAAAUACUGCUAAAAAUUUUGCUGGUGUAAAGCACGCUGAACCAAAUGCUGCCAUAAAAAAACGUGUUGGACCAAAUACUGCUGAAGACGAUAUCAAAAGAAAGUUUAAUGAAAUUGACAUGCAAAUAAUUAGUGAUAUAUAUAAACUUGCUAGUACAUUUGAAGCAGCACCUUCAACCUCUUCAGUACAUGAAAAACGAAAAAGCAGACCUACCAGUAAACGUACAAGAAACAGUGAACAAGAAUUCUCAUUUACUUCGAUACUUGAGAUAUCACCUAGUAGAACUUCCAAUGACUACUCUAGAGUUUAUGAACCAGAACCUUCAAAUUUUUCAGUGCUUGAAAGACAAACAGAUAGACAUUCUAGCAAUCUUAUAAAUAAUUUUGUACCUGAACCUUCAACUUCAUCUUCUAUGUCAAUUGAAGAUGCUUUUGAAAAUGUUCCAGAUUUUAUCUUUGAUUUAGCUGUUGACAAGCGGCCUUAUUAUGCUGUUCAUCGAGGUGCAAGACCAGGUGUUUACAGAACCUGGAAAGAAUGUGAAGCACAAAUUAAAAAUACAAGAGGUGCCUCAUAUCGUAAAUUUGAUAAUGAAGAGCAAGCUUUGGAAUAUGUGCAAACUGGUGGAAUAGUAAAGGCUACUAAGAGAGAAUUACGUGAAAUACCUUAUAAUAAUCGUGUGAAGAAACGUAGGAGAAACAGUGAUGGAAAAGUAGAAUAUGUUUUAGCAAAUCCUGAUGAACCUGUUGUGAUAUUUACUGAUGGAGCUAGUGCUGAAAAUGGCCGUAGAAGAGCUAGAGCAGGAAUAGGUAUUUAUUGGGGUCCUAACCAUCCUUUAAAUACAAGUAAAAGAUUACCUGGACGUCAAACAAAUAAUAGAGCUGAAAUUCAAGCUGCUGUGUAUGCUCUUAAUCAGGCUAAACAAAUAGGAGCUCGUAAGGUCAAGUUGUAUACUGAUAGUCAGUUCCUUAUUCAUGCUAUUACAGACUGGAUUAAAAAAUGGAAAACUAAUGGAUGGAAAUUAGUUAAUGGUGAUCCUGUUGUCAAUAAAGAUGAUUUUCUUGAGCUUGAAGCUAUUAGUCAGGGUUUAGAGGUUGAAUGGAUAUAUGUCAAAGCUCAUGCAAGAAAUCAUGGUAAUGAUGAAGCUGAUAGGUUAGCAGUUGCUGGAUCUAGAUUAUUACUUGAACCUUCAAAUUGUUCUGAAUUUCCAAAGCCUCAAAUUCAACCAGAAAAUUUAGAGCCUUUUAUUGUAACAGAUGCAUCAAGUUCCAGCACUGAAGUAUUGCCACUAAUCAUUCCUGAAGAGUGUAUUGAAAGAAAAGCUUUUUAUGCUGUACAUAAAGGAAAAUCACCUGGUGUGUAUAAAACUUGGGUUGAAUGUGAACAACAAAUUAAAGAUUUCCCAAAGCCCUGGUUUAAAAAAUUCUUUUCUGAAGAAGAGGCUCUUGAAUUUGUUAAAAAGGGUAAAGUUACUAAAAAAAUCAAUAUUCCUGAUCAUGGACCUGAUAAGUUUGUAACAGUAUUUACUGAUGGUGCUAGUUCCUGUAAUGGUCAAGAUGAUGCUAAAGCUGGUAUAGGUGUAUAUUGGGGACCAGGAAAUGAACUGAAUACCAGUAUGCGACUUCCAGGUAGACAGACAAAUAAUCGGGCUGAAAUUUUUGCUGCUGUGCAUGCUCUUAAACAAGCAAAACAACUUGGAAUAAAAAAUCUACGAUUAUAUACAGAUAGUCAGUUUGUUAUUAAAGGUAUAACUGAAUGGAUUGAUAAUUGGAAAGAAAGGGAUUGGGUAUCAUCUUCUGGGAAACCUGUUGUUAAUAAAGAAGACUUUAUAGCUCUAGAUAAUGCUCGCCAAGGCAUUAAUGUUGAUUGGUGUUAUGUCAAAGGUCAUGCUAAUAAUCCUGGUAAUGUUGAAGCUGAUAAAUUGGCAGUAGCUGGAUGUAACAAGGCAGUUUCUGAAAGUUUCUUUUUAGCUUGAAAACCUGCAGCAUAGACUAAUUGUUGCAUAUGAAUGUUUAACUGGAUUUUUUAAUAAAAGGCAUAGAAUGCUUUUCAUGCAACUCUUUUAAUACCAAAGUGUUCCAGAGGAAACUUAUUUAAUUUAGUCAACAGAUGUUAUUAAAUAAUUGAAUUUAUUUGUAUUGAUAAUUAAGAUUUUCUUAUGAUAUAUAUUGUUAAAACUAAAAAUACAUACAGUAAAAUAAAAAAUUAUUUUUAAUUUAGAAAAGAAAAUUAAAUUUGCUUGAAUCUGUAUACUGAUAUAUAAACUGAUUGAAAAUCGAAACGUGGAAUGUCAAUUAAAGUUUGAAAAAAAAUCUUUAAAAUGUUAAUUUUAAUUUUACUAUUGCUUCAGAAUGUACAUGACAAUUUUUGUUUAUUUACAAAAUUUCAAGCAUU